AUGUUGAGAGAUAAUAUUAACAACCCCAUCCCAGACCGCGAGCGCGUAGUCAUCCUAGGAUCCGGCUGGGCGGGCUUCACAGUCGCCCGCAGUCUCGACUCCUCAAAAUUCCAAACCCUCGUCGUAUCGCCACGAUCCUACUUUGCCUUCACGCCUCUCCUUGCCUCCACCGCAGUCGGUACCUUGGAAUUCCGGACCGCGCUCGAACCCGUGCGCAGCCGACGAACCAAAGUCGACUUCUUCCAAGGAUGGGCCGACGAUGUCGAUUUCAAGAACAGGACCAUUACGAUUGAAGAGGCGGUUGACGAUCCGAAGCAAGGUGUUGCAUUAACCACGGAUCGACAUGCUGGGGAGACAGCGGAAGAGAGGGAGGCGGAGAAGAAGAAGGAAGCGAAAGUGGGGAAGCUGUUUGAUGUCGAGUACGACAAGUUGAUUGUGACGGUGGGUUGCUACAGUCAGACUUUCGGUACGCCGGGUGUUAAAGAACAUGCCUUCUUCCUCAAAGACGUGGGUGACGCGCGCCGCAUCCGAAAUCGCAUCUUAGCAUGCUUCGAAGGAGCGGCACUACCCACCACCUCCAUCGAAAUGAAGAAGCAGCUCCUUAACUUCGCCGUCGUAGGCGGUGGACCCACCGGCAUCGAAUUCAGCGCGGAACUACACGAUCUGAUCAACGAGGAUAUGAAGAAGCUGUACCCGGAACUCGUUCAGUACCACAAGAUUACUGUUUACGAUGUCGCGGAGAAGGUACUUCCAAUGUUCGACCAGAAACUCGCGGGGUAUGCGAUGCAGAAGUUCAAGCGUAAGGGCAUUGAUAUCAAGACGAGCCAUCAUGUUGAGGAGCUCAGACCGGGGGCGCCUGCCGAAAGGAGCUUUUCGGAUGAUGUGGAUGAUUAUCAUUUGUAUACGCUCAAGGUGAAAGAGGAGGGCGAGAUUGGCGUGGGCAUGUGUGUAUGGAGUAAGUCUCCCAUCUCUUUCAAAUCCUCACGCUUCACCCAGAAGUAUGAGACAACAACACUAACCCCACCCCAGGCACAGGACUAA